UCGUGAAACAGUGAAGUCACGAUUGUUAUUGUUAAGUGUCAUGAAGAUGAGGUUGGUCGUGUCACUAACGUUGAUCGCUCUCGUAAGUGUUGGGAGCAGUUCCCUGCUUGGUUCAAGCAAGUGUACCUGGGGGCCGUCCUACUGGUGCAGCCAUGUUUCAAGAGCAAAGGAGUGCCAGGCAGUGGAACAUUGUCUACAGUCUGUCUGGUUAAAGCAGAAGGAUUCCUCAAAGGGCAGUAACCCCCAAUGUGAGCUGUGUGAAUCAGUUAUUAACACGGUUCGUGAAAAACUGAAAACUUUGCCCGUGGAUCAAGUUGUAGAUGAUCUCAAGACAAUAUGUGAUCAUCUACCAUUCAACCAGACCUACAAAACUGAGUGUAUCAACGGAAUGAGUGAUGUGGAUGUGGUGAUCAAACUGUUAGAGAGCAACAUGACUGCCAAAGGACUGUGUGGAAUAUUCAUCUCCUGCAGUGGAUUUGAAGACAAUACAAACCAUCAGAAUAAGCCAGAGACUAAUUCUUUAGUCCCUCUGGUGGAAGCCACACCAGUCAACGCUGGUAACAUCUGUACUGACUGUGUCAGCUUCAUAACUGACAUCAAGAACCUUCUCACUGCUCCUGAUACUGAGAGCCAGCUGAUUGGGAUGUUGAAACAGAUUGUAUGUUCUCAGCUUGGUUCAGUGGAGGCUAUUUGUAAUGAUCUGGUGGAUACCUAUGUGCCUCAGGGUCUGUCAGUGCUCGCCUCCUACAUCGAUCCCACAGUGACAUGCAGUGCAGUUGGCUUCUGUACAGGCGAGGCCACACUGGAACUCCGAUCUAAGUUCAAUGACAUGAAAACUUUUGUCAUGGUAGUCCUGAGAAAAAUGGGCAUCCAUGUCACCACAAAUGCAUUGGAAUGUGAUGCCUGUAAGUCAAUCGCCGCAGAUCUCAGAAAGAUGGCCCGUGACCCAACCAUACAGAGGAAAGUGGUGGACUUUGUGGAGCAGAAUGUAUGUGCCCAUCUUGGUGAAUUAGCUGACUUGUGUAAACAGACUGUGGAGGACAACUAUAUUGGUGUGUUCCAGUUGAUUGCUGGCUCAUUGAUCGAUGACCAGGUGUGUAUUAACCUUGGAAUGUGUCCCAGUUCUCUAGGAGCAGCUAAAUUACAGCUCGGAACCAUUGAAUGUGAGGCUUGUACAGCACUUAUUAAAGCCCUGAGUUUCCUGGAGAGUUCUGCCACAGUUCAGAAUACAAUCAAGAAUUUCCUUGAAAAUUAUGUGUGUCCCAGGCUUGGAAGUUCAGCAGCACAGUGCAAGAUGGAUGUUGAUAUGUAUGGCACAGCUGUCUUCCAAAUUUUGAAACAGAUACUGAAUGCUGGGUACCUCUGUGGUAAAAUGAACCUUUGUGCAGCCCCUGUACCUAUGGUGACUAGCAAUGGGGCCCUCUGUGAUGUCUGUAACACCAUAGCUACAGAGGUAGACAGUCUGCUGAAGAAUCAAGAAUUCCAGGCAGAAAUUAUGUCACAGCUGGACAGUAUUAUUUGUACCAGGCUGAGUGGAAACCUGAUUGCAGAGUGCAAGAAUUUUGUAGAUGAGUACACCCCAUUUGUACUCGACCUGCUAGCUGGGGAGCUGAAUCCUGCCACUUUUUGUAAGGACCUUGGUGUUUGUUCGGCUAAACAGGCAGUCAAAACUACACCAUCUAAAGCUGUCAUUAAGACUAUCAAGGCCGAUAGUACUUGUGUCUUUUGUGAAUUUUCGAUGAGGGAAGCAGCAAAGUUUCUGAAUGAAAAGAGCACUAAGGAGGAGGUCAGAAGUGUACUGGACAAAAUGUGUAACGAGAUCUCAGGCAUUAAGGAUGAGUGUGAGACUGCCUUGAAUCUCUUCUUUGAUGAAAUAUAUGCUGCGCUGGUGGCAAAAGUGGCUCCUGAGGAGAUCUGCAGUUAUAUUGGUCUCUGCUCUUCCAAGAAAAGCCUGAAAAAGGUUCCACCGAAGGCUUCUCCAAGGCUGCACGUUGUACCACUGUUUAAAGAAGCCUUACCAACGAAAAUCUUCAAUGUGGAAAAUUCCAAGUCCAGCAACAAGUGUGUUUUGUGUGAGAUGGUCAUGACCUAUGUGAAGCAGGCCCUGAAGGAGAAAGCAACUGCUGAAGAUAUUAAAGCAGCUCUGGAUAUGGCUUGUGGGAAAAUACCCAAGGAAUAUCAGCAAAUGUGCGAGGACUAUGUAAACGAGUAUUCCGAUAAAUUGGUACAUUGGCUGCAGACUAUGGAUGACCCCUACAUGAUUUGUACCAAACUUCACUUUUGUGCUACACCCAAGGCAGUGAAGACGACAGGUCCAAAAGACAAUAACCUGUACUUCAUGAAGCAUAGGAUUGUUACGAAAAAGUGUGAUCAGGGACCGAAAUACUGGUGUUCUUCAAGAGCUGCAGCCAAUAUCUGUGGGAAAGAGAAUUAUUGUUUAAAGAGAAACCUGAUCAACGUCCUGGUGUGAUGUCCUGAUGUGGCAUUCAGGAGUGGCUUUACAAAGUCUUUACCACAGUCAUGUCAACUGACACUAAAGAUGGAAACAACAAGCACAGACUUUGUCACCUUAAUCCUGUCAACAAAAUUAGCUUCAUAUGAAAUUAAAAAAAAAAAAAAAUCUUAUUUAGAGAAAAGUGUCACUAAAUUGUUUUGAGAUUUUCAUUUGCCGAAAAGUUAAAAUUGUGAAAGAGGACAGGUUAAAUGAUAAAGUUAACAUUGUGAAAGAGGACAGGUUAAAUGAUAAAGUUAACAUCAAGUCUUAAAGUUUAAUUAUUUAAAGAUUUUUUUUCAGAUAAUAACUCAUCAUUAUAUCUUCAUGUUUAUUUUGUGUUUCUCAAUAUUUGAUAUUUUGUUUUACGUACGUGUCAGACCAAAGUGAUCUGUCAUAUCAAAUGAUCACCACAUUCAGGCAAGCCAAUUUUCAUACCAGGAACAUAACAUCUGUUGUUUGUGUAAAAAAAUUUAAGAAUACUGAAAAUCUCAUAGAAUGAUUAGUAUAUUUAAUGGGCCAUUGUUGAUUACCCAGAUAACAAACACUAUGUCCACCUGAACAAAGAAGAGAAAUAUUGGAGGUAAAGGUAACAGUUCACUUUGGUCUGUAUACUUGUUAAUAUAUUAACACAUUAUAGGUAAUUCUAUAUAUGGUAUAAAGUUUAAUCAGAGGGUGUUAUUACUAGUGUUGGCAUGUGUUGGUGUAAAAAUAUCCAACACAUAACUUAGCAAAUGCUCACUUGAGUGUUUGACGCAGAUCUGAAAUGGCCAUUUAAAUCUCAAUAGCUGAAAUUGCAAUUUUACAUUAUUUACAUUUAGCUUAAACAAGAUCUGAAGUGUCUACCCAACUUCAUUUACAGUAGACAUUUGGCUUAAACAAGAUCUGAAGUGUCUACCCAACUUCAUUUACAGUAGACAUUUGGCUUAAACAAGAUAUGAAGUUUCUAUUCGACAUCAUCCACGUCUAUAUUGGACUUAAACACUUCUUUAUCUAGAUCUGUAUGUGGUAUUUUGUUAGUAUAUUGAGGUGUAUAGUUUAGAUCAUCAGUAGUACACCACCAUCUCUUAAGUAGUGGUUGUUUGUCGCAGCCUCCUCAAAUCUGUAUCCAAUGACAACUUUUGUAGUGAUAGAACAUAUUAAUCUAAACUUAAAUGUGCAUUUUUGACUUUUUUUUAUGUUUGGAUUCAAUAAUAUGUGUCAUUAUAUUUAGUAUGGUAGAAUUUUAAUUUGUGCAGAACGUAAUUUAAAAGCUUAAAAUCUUUUCGUACAUCAGGAAUAAUACAGUUUUUUUAAUUAAGAAAAUUUGAUCCCUUAAACAUUAGAGUCGUAUUCCAAUUAAGACUCAAUAUUUAAAAUCUAGCAAUAUUUAAAACAAUUAUGUAGUUGUCUCCAAAUUUUAGACUUUAAAGUUCUGAAUAAAAUAUGUGAAAGCAGGAAUCACUUGAUCUUACUUGUAAGGGAUACUGUACUCUGUUCGUCUGAGAACGCGAGAUAUUGUGUAAGAUGUGUGUGCUGGAACCCUUGUGGGUGUGAAUGUGUGGUAGUGUCUUAUAUAGAAUCCAGCCAUGUACAUUUUUGUAAUGUAUUUUCAUGUGUUGAGAUUGUUAUAAAACCAUAGAAAUAAUGCUUUUGAAAAUUUUGGUGACCUGAACAUUCUGAAAAAAAUGGGAAUGUAUUCAGUGGACUAAUUGGUAUUCUGGAGGUGGGUGUGUCAGAUACACCAAUUUAAAACAUUGCCAGUAAUAAAUGCUGUAUCAAGAAAGUACAUUAAUGACUAUAUAUUAAAGUUUCAAGAGGGGAUUGGAACAAUAUCAAACCACAGAAAGUAUGCUGUAACUAUCACCACCUGACACAUCAUACAAAAAAUGUCCUACUUAAUUAGGAAUGCUAAGUGACACCCUUUAUAUGUGCUGUAAUGAUCAUUGGCUGCAACGGCUGACACUAGUACAAGGUCAUCCUUACAGGGACUGUAUGAUUAUGUAUAUCAGAGAUGUGAUUUCGUCGAGAUAUGAAGGAUAUUGUGUCCUGAUCUCGCAAAUCCAAACUAGCUUUUCAAAAGACAUUGUUAAACAAGAUAUUAAAACCAUAAUUUUUUAUGGUUAAAUGUAUGAAGUAAACAAACGUAUAUAUAUGUAUAGGAUGUACCUGAUACAGGAGUAGCAUAUAUUGGUGUCGCUGUGAUACAAAUCAGACUUUUCUUAAAACAAGAAAUCCUUGCUUCUAUGAAACACAUAGUCACUUGUGGUACUCAACAUUCCUUUAUCAAAGAAAAUUCACUUCUGUGUGUCCAUGUCUUUUUUUAAAUAAAUUUUUUGUAUAUCA